UGCCACAGUUCACUUGCUUCAUGUACCAACACAGUGGGAUCCUUUAGUUGUUCAUGUAACAAUCCUUACACUGGAAAUGGCAGAACUUGCAAUCUAGCAUCAGGUAAUCAACUCGCCGAAUAUUAGGAUGAUGUCCAUUUACUAGACCUCUAUUCGGAGAUGGCAAAACUUGCAAUAAUAUUCCAUACGGUAAUUAUUAUCACCAAGAAUUAGGAAUGUGUCUAUUCACUAGACUCUUAUUUGCACUCGUUAGAUGCAUGUUACUUUAACCUUGAUUGUUUAAAGAGGGUUUCAGUUUAAUGCAAAUAUUACCCAGCUCUUUUGUCGACGAAGCCGAAAGCGAGAUCUGGUCAAUCACUUUGUCGUUAGACCCUUCUUACUAAAGUGAUUUAAAUAGAAGCAUGGGAUUGAGAUGGGAAAGGGCCACAAGCUUGUUUCAAAGAAAUGAAAGAUGAUAAUUUUUAAGCUCAGAGAAACAAAUGUGAAAAUGAAAUGAUCAGCAUGUCACAAGCAUGGGACAAAGAAAAAAUCUGAGUCCCCGACAGAAAUCGAACCCAUGACCUCCCAAACACCGGGCGGGCGCUCUAUCCUCUGAGCUACGGAGAACUCAUGGAGGGCGAGGCCAUAUACUAGGUUCAUAUUACUAUUAAUAUUAAGAGAUCAUUCAACUUUGCCUUCCAUUUAUUUUUUGGGGUUCAGAUCUGAGCCAACGUGUCGAAUUGAAAUCUUGUUUCUUCAUUUCUCAAUUGUAUUCAAAAUAUUUAAUCGUUUCUGAUUGUCUCUAGUCCCGCCGCUAAAUCCUCAUAACCGGCACACGGUUACCAUCAUUUGGAAGAUGUAGCUACUGUCUAUUGUCCUUGUCACAAUCAAGUACUAAUUCUAGGCAUUGUACACUGUUCAAACAACGACAGAUUUCUUUGGGUUUAAGUAGCUAGCAGAAUAGCGUGAUAUGUUUGAUUUUAAGCUACUCAGUUCUUCCCGUGUUUGACCCUUGUACUAUACAUAGCCAUUUAAUAUAAUAAUAAUAAUUUUUUUUUUCACCUCCUGCUACCCAACUUUCACCUCCUUGGCUUUUUGAAUUCGCCUCAGUCAUUGUUCCUACCCUUCUUCCUCCUUGUCUGCCUUAGUCUUGUAUCAAUACAACAUUUGUCUGUGACGUUUUUUUCGGAAAGCCCAUGCACUAAUAAGGACACCCGGAUUAUACGGACACCAUGGCAUGUCCCUUCUGUUUCCCGUAUUACCCGGGUUCCCUUGUAGGUUCUUUUUGGAAAGUAAAAUCUAUUUUUUCCUGAUCCUUUUUUCCGAUCUUUUGGUAUAGUAGGAAGCAAAUCGACAAAUCUUCUAUCCUCUUAUUGAUAAUAAAAGUCAUUACACUGUCAAAGCUUCGCAGUAGUAGAUCCAUUCACCUGGGGCUGACGUACUCGUAAAUCUACGGCAACACUUUGACAAUGUUGUGACGAAAUUUUUACGACUAAAAACUAAAGCGUCAAUGUGAUGAAUUGAACCAGUUUUUGUGCAUAAAAUUAUAUUUAACGUACUAUUUCCCUACUUUAUAUGUAGCAGAGAUCACUCAUCCAUUUGCAGAGCGGUGCGUGUUUUUUAUCCCAGUUCGUGUGGGCGGGAGUCAACCGAGCAAAAAUGACUACAAAGUGGGGUGAAACCUAAGGGUACUGGGACUUAGUUCGAGUUAGCGGGGAAUUCGAGUUAUCCGUGCUCGAGUUAUCGGGGUUCUACUCAGUGUAAAUACUUGGCGUCGAGUUUCCAAAGGGAGUCAGAUAAAGCGGAUUUUAGGUUAUUUCCAAUCACAAGAAGACAAAGCUAUCAAAAUUAUUAUCAUCGCCAAGACUCUCCGCAUAAAAUAUGUCCGUUAGAUGGAUGUAAAAAAAAUUGUCCUGUUGCAGUCUGACAAAGAUUUUCUCUUGAAAGCCCAGGCAAAAUAAAUGACAUCGACGAGCAAAAUUGAUCUCUGGUGCUAUAAUUGAGUAGUGCAGUAGCCUGCGUAUCAGGCGCUUGAGAAAUAUGGUUUCUAAGCUCUCCAUUUCUGGGGGCCAGCGAAACGAACGAGAGAGAACGCGCAAGCGAGCGGCAAAGCAGCCUUUCUGUCGCGUCAGCCUGCGAAAACAGUCGUUUCUCCGCGCUACUAGAUCGCCGCUUGUCUGAUCUCGCGUCUCUUUUCGUGUGUCGCUAACCGCAUGACUUCUCACUCCUCCAUGAUCCAUCGAUGUUAAGUUCGUCGUCGAUAGUGCACGUUUAGGGUUGUUCAGCUCCGCAAAUAUUCUCCAAAUAGCAGAUGUCUCCCUUCGAGUUGUCUUCUUGCGGUUCUUGCCAUGUUUUUAGCUAUUUUUUCGCCUAGUUCUUACUCUUGAAACGAGUGAAAUGUCCGCCUUUUGUUUCAAGUUCACAACCAAAACAACUCAACCUCUUCCCCAGGUCUUCUCGGUUAACUGUGCAUUAACCUGCAAGAACACUGCAUUUUUGACGUCAUUUCCUCGCUAAACACCAAACUCUUCCAAAUUUGGUCAUCAGUAACCGGUUAUGGUGAAUUAAACGUUUGCUUUCAGCCAAUCAGAAUCGGGGAAGUAUUUUGAAUGAAUAAUAAUUCCUUUUAAUGACUCUACACUUUUGUAUCAAGAGAACAAUAACGAUUGUUGUUAUUGUUGUUGUUUCUUGAAGUUUUGAUCAUUUGUAACUAUUGUCUAUUGUAUGUCAGAAUGUCAAAAUUACAGCAGUCUGAACAACGCCGACAGGAAUAUAAAUUAUGGAAAGCCCAAGCUUAAGUGUGACCGCGGUAUCGGCCCUGGAUGGUUUCGUUUUGAAGGUUCCGCCGGCACAAGAAUACCAACUUCAUGUCCACCUGAUCACAGGUGUAACACUGACAUACCUGGCUGGAUGGAUGGUAGCCACCCUACAGUAGCAGAUGGUCAGGUCAGCAGGCGGGUGUGUUUUCUCUGGUAUAGCGACUGCUGUCACUGGCCAGGAAACAUCAGAGUGAGAAACUGUAGUUCAUAUUAUGUGUACUAUCUUAAUGGUACACCCACUUGUAAUCUCCGUUAUUGUGGCACUAACUAA